AUGAGUGAGGCUAUAAGCAAUGUUAGCCUUGGAGGUGGAAAGAAUGAUAGCGAACUACCACUCUUCAGUUUAAGGAGUAUAGUCGCAUCUACAAACAACUUUUCUGAAGCUAAUAAACUUGGAGAGGGAGGGUUUGGCCCUGUUUAUAAGGGGAUUUUGACUGAAAAUGAAGAAGUAGCGAUAAAAAGGCUGUCAAGGAAGUCAGGGCAAGGACAUCAGGAGUUCAUGAAUGAGUUAAAGCUUAUAGCCAAGCUCCAACAUAACAACCUCGUUAGGCUCUUGGGUUGCUGCAUUGAAGAGGAGGAAAUGAUAUUGAUCUACGAGUUCAUGCCCAAUAGAAGUUUGGACAAAUUAUUGUUUGAUUCAUCCAAAAAUACAACACUGGAUUGGGGUACACGCUUUCGAAUUAUAGAAGGUGUUGCUCAAGGAGUACUUUAUAUCCACAAGUACUCCAGGUUGAAAAUCAUUCACAGGGACCUAAAAGCAAGCAAUGUUCUGUUGGAUGGAACAAUGAACCCCAAAAUUUCAGACUUCGGGAUGGCAAAAAUUUUCAGCAUGGAUCAAACUGAGGCAAAUACAAACAGGGUUGUUGGGACAUACGGCUACAUGUCACCUGAGUACGCACUUUACGGCCAUUUUUCAGAGAAACUGGAUGUGUUUAGCUUUGGAGUGUUGCUCUUAGAGAUUGCAUGGGAGUUAUGGAAAGAAGGUAGAGGAAUCGAGGUGAUUGAUGAGUCAGUAAGGGAAACAUGCUGUUUGGAUGAAGCUCUGAAGUAUAUCCAUGUAGGGAUUUUGUGUGUCCAAGAAGCUCCAGCUAAUCGACCAACAAUGUCUUCUGUAGUUUUUAUGCUAAACAAUGAAGCUACAUCACUUCCACCCAUCAAAGAACCUGCUUUUCAACGCCGAGGAAGUCCAGUCAUGUUGGCUCUUCUUUUUCUCAAAAUUCGACAAGUUUUUCCAAUAAUGCAGUCACCAUUAGUAUGCCAGAAGCUCGAUAAUGGUUUGUUAGUGUUUCCUUUCUCUAAACUAAAAACCGUCCAAGCAACUUUAGUACCAGGGCAAUCUGUUGGUCCAAACCAGACCAUGAUUUCUCCAGCAGGGAACUUCACAUUAGGCUUCUUCAGUCCUGAAAAUUCUACCAAACACUUCUUUGGUGUCUGGUACAGCAGAAUGCCAAAGGCACCAAUAGUAUGGGUUGCUAACAGAGAAUCCCCACUUGAUUCUCCGGGUGUUUUCAAGUUCCGUGGUGAUGGAAAUCAAAGUGGAGGCUUUUUUUACAUUGCUUACAGUUUCGAUGCUGAGGCUAUUUAUUUUACUUUUGGUGCGUCGGAUAACUCCAUAAAACUGAGGGCCGUUUUGAGUCCAUCUGGCAAGCUUAAUCUGCUGCGCUGCAUUGAUGAAAGUAAGACAUGGAUUGAAGAGUGGGCAGAGCCUACCAAUAAAUGUGACUUUUAUGCUCGAUGUGGUCCACAUGGUGCCUGUGAUAAAAACAGUGAUCCAUUCUCGUCACAAUGCAAGUGUUUGAAGGGUUUCAGGACCGAAUUUACAAAACAAUGGGCUAUGGAGGACUGGCCCGGUGGUUGUGUUCGGGAAAAGGCAUUGGCAUGUGAUAAAGGCCAAGUGUUUUCAAUGUUUGAGAAGAUGAAACUACCAGAUCAUGCUAUAAUUUUUGUAAAUAGGAAUAUGAGUGAAUGUAAAUCUGAAUGCCUUCAGAACUGCUCUUGCACAGCUUAUGCCUAUUCAAAGGUGACAGAAAAAGGUGGUCUAGGAUGCUUGACAUGGUUUGGUAACUUGACGGAUCUUGUCGAGAAUCAUCGUUUUGGGCAAACCAUGUAUAUUCGUGUUCACCGCUCUGAUCAAGGUGGUAAGGGUCAUGUUCAGCAGCUUGCAAUAGCCAUAGUCUCGGCAAUAGCAGGAUCGCUGACAAUAAUUUUUGGCUAUUUCUUGUGGAAGAAAACUUUGAGAAAUGGGGGGAGCAUCGGAGGAAGGAUGAGGGAGGUUGUAAGAAAUGUUAGCGCUGGAGGUGGAAGGAAUGAAACAGAACUACCACUCUUCAGUUUAAGGAGUAUAUUAGCUGCUACAAACAACUUCUCUGAAUCUAAUAAACUCGGAGAGGGAGGAUUUGGCCCUGUUUAUAAGGGGAUUUUGACUGAAAAUGAAGUAGCGAUAAAAAGGCUGUCAAGAAAGUCAGGGCAAGGACAUCAGGAGUUCAUGAAUGAGUUGAAGCUUAUAGCCAAGCUGCAACAUACCAAUCUCGUUUGGCUCUUGGGUUGCUGUAUUGAAGAUGAAGAAAUGAUAUUGAUCUACGAGUUCAUGCCCAAUCGAAGUUUGGACAAAUUUUUGUUUGAUCCAUCUCAAAAGGAAAAACUGGAUUGGGGUAAACGCUUUCAAAUUAUAGAAGGCGUUGCUCAAGGAGUACUUUAUCUCCACAAGUACUCUAGAUUGAAAAUCAUCCACCGGGAUCUCAAAGCAAGUAAUGUUCUAUUGGAUGGAACAUUGAACCCCAAAAUCUCAGACUUCGGAAUGGCAAGGAUUUUUGGGAUCGAUCAAAUGGAAGCAAAUACAAAUAGGGUUGUUGGCACAUACGGCUACAUGUCACCAGAGUAUGCAAUGUAUGGCUAUUUUUCAGAGAAAUUGGAUGUGUUUAGCUUCGGAGUGUUGCUCUUAGAGAUUGUAAGUGGAAGGAAGAAUUCUGCUUUUUAUUGUUUUGAAGAUCCAUUUUCUCUUGCUGGAUGGGCAUGGGAAUUAUGGAAUGAAGGUAGAAUAAUGGAGGUGAUUGAUGAAUCAAUAAGGGAAACAUGCCGGCCCGAUGAAGCUCUGAGAUGUAUCUAUGUAGGGUUUUUGUGUGUCCAAGAUGCUCCAACUGAUCGACCAACAAUGUCUUCUGUAGUUCUUAUGCUGGCCAAUGAAGCUACAUCACUUCCACAUAUCAAUAAACCUGUUUUUUCAGCAAACAGGAAGUACAGCGCUGUUGGUUCUUCUUCUCAAGCACCUAAAAGUUUUUCCAAUAAUGUAGUCACCAUUAGUUUGCCAGAAGCUCGAUAGAGGUUCGAUAUUUACUGUUUCCUUUUCUCUGAACUAAAAACUGUGUAAGAAUGUCUCCUUGCUUGUUAAGUGUAAUAUUUUUCUUUUGGUCAAUGCUAGAACUUUGGUGUACUGUUAGUUACUUUCCUAAUCAAUGUAUUGUUUCACCAUGUGGAAAUUAGUACUUGUUGGUUCGUUUUUAAUAUUAA